CAUGACAUAAAACAACAAAAUUAGCCCAUUCUAUUAGUAACAAGCUGAAAAUAGUUGGCAAAUGUAAGCGUGUUCUGUUGUAAUUAAACGCUUCGGUGUGUUAACGUGUUGUGGGAAUUUCGAAAAUUUAAAUAAUUUGAAAAAGUGUUAAACUACAUGUGCCAGCAGCCGAGCAACCCAGCGCCGAAAUUGACAAAUGUCAGCGGUUGACUGCUGUCAAUGUGACACUUGAGUUUGUUAUUGUCGAUUGUUGAUAGCUUUGUUGUGUCGUUUGCACUGUGCAUCGAGAAAAUUUGUGCUAAUUUUGGCCAUUGGUAUUUGUGUAUUUGUUUAUGAAAAGUUCAGCUUGUACUGUGCGCGUGUGGUUGUAACUGCUGCUUGUAACUUUAGUGCUUUCAAUUGUGGUGUUUAGAAAAAUUUCGUGCUUUCAUCGGGGUGUUCGCUUGCCAUGAACAAUCAAAGCAAUGUUCGUUUGUGCCGUGCCGUGCAACAUCAGCCGUGUAUUUAUGAUCACGCCGUGGCGAAUGCGGUUACGCGAGAGGCUUACGAUCGUGCCUGGCUGGAGAUAGCCAAAACGUGCGAGGAGUCAGUUGAUAGCUGCAAGCAACGUUGGCGCAAUAUACGAACCACUUUCGCACAACAACUAGUUGUAUCACCCAAAACGCGUAAAGGUAAUCGCGCACGAGAGAACAACCUGCACGAUGUGUUAGAAUUUCUUAUACCCCAUAUAAAUGACGAACUGCCGUUUCGCGAAAGCGAUGAUGAAGGAGCAGAGAUUGAAACGACAAGUGUUGAUAACAAAGUUAAAGAAAAUGCAGGCGGCUCGAUCAAGACUGAAGUAGACGACGAUUUAUUUGAAGAGGAUGCGAUCAAACGCGAAAACGAGCAGUUAAAAGGAAAUAUUAAGAAUGGGGUAGGGAUUAAAAUUAGAGAAAAACAUAAUACUGAAGAUGUUAAGGUAGAAGCUGCCGGCAAAAGACCACCAUCUGCUAGACUUAAAGUGUUGAGAAAGAACAGCGAGGAUAUUAAAGUGACUGAAAGUAGGCCUAUUAGAAAGGCACAGUCCUUAGGAAAGCUUGUUGAUACAGAAGAAAAGCUACAAGCUUUUGUUGAAGCUGAAGUGACUAAGAAGUCAACGAGUUCAAAGAGUAAAGUCGGCACAUUUUACAUCAGUCCCACGAAUAGUGAGUCCGGUACAUUUUUUAUCAAGAAAAGUGGCGAUAGCAAUGAACCUGAUUCCGCACCAGAAAAUGAAGCCAAUGCAGCAGCUACUGAGAGUAUUUUAGGCGAAUUUGAGCAUAAUGAAAUUGAGCAGCCGGAGAGCAAUGUUGAUGAGACUGAAGUUGACGAACAAAACGAUGAACCAAAAGACGAUUUUGUUAAAACACGACAAUAUCGUUAUAAGCGCGCUUGUAAACGUGGCUCCGGUAAGAAUUCGGCAAGUCAGCGUAAUUUGCGUCAAAAAGAUAGUUCCAUGAAAAGUAUUAGGCGAAGCUCACACCGUUUGAAAUCACUAGGCGAGGCUACAAACCAAUUGAUUGCGGCUGCUAAGCUGUCGAAGAAAGCAGGCGACACAGCGUCAGUUGAAAAUCAAACCACAAAUCUUACAGCGCAUAAAAGAACACGUACCUUAUGUAUACCACAAGGUGAUAUCAAUAUGGUAGGGUCACAACAAGCCACAGCCACACUCAUUAAAACGUUCAGAGAGGAAAGCUCUUUAAGUCCACCUAGAAAAGUUGUAUUGCACGAUCUCACUGCUUCACAAGCUUUUAACGAUCAAGGCGUACAAUGCAAUCUGCCGCCAACUUCAAGCGACGAUGAGUUCUUCGACUCAUUAAAACCCUACUUGAGCGAAAUGAAUGUGCGCCAAAAGUUGCAUUUCAAGAAGAAGAUCUUCGAGUCAUUAAUGGAAGUCUUCGAUAGCCCUAACGAUUUCCCGACACACGACGAAACGAAAGCCAUCAUACCGAAGCAAUUGAGCGCGGUAAGUAGCGACGAAUUGCAUUUGGUGCGCGAACUCGUCGCUAUGGUGCAAGCAGCCAAGCAUACGCCAGAGCUCAACUUGAACUUGAGUGGUGGCAGUAGCAAAUUGGCCACUAAGGCGAGCGCAGAAGAGUGUUCUAUGACUUUAUCAACUCCAUCGAUGAACUUGAGCGGUGGUAGUAGCGAGUUGGCCGCUAAGACGAGCGCAGAAAAGUGUGCUAUGAUUUCACCAACUCCAUCGAUGCGUUCUACGCCAUCACAACCGCCGCCUCCACUAUCACUACGUGUUUCACCUUUCAAUGCUCCAACAACAACUGCAUAUCAAAAGACGAAUAGGCCGACACCCAUGUUGCUCUCCAGAGCCGGUGGAACUGCAACUUCUACGCAAACAACAAACACCACAACCACAACAUCAGGUAUACGUCUCAUACGUAAAUUGGUUAAGGUGAACGACGUCGGCACUUCAGCUUACAACUUGCCCGCCACAAGUGGUGCUUAUGGGUCGAACAACGGUGAGAUCGUGCAUCGACGCAUUUACCGGAUUUACCCCAAAAUCAAUGAAACUUACACCAAUUUAGAGAAUGCCGUGAAUGGCAGCGGUGUUGGCACGUUCAUUGUGCCGCGCAGCACCGCUGAGGCUACAUCCAAUAAGGUCGCAACCGGCAAUAAGUUGGCCACCACCGAUUCAUCAACCCCCACCGCUUCACCAACUCCCACCGCUAACACAGCAACUAAUCAAAAGCUACGUCAAUUGGUGACACCGGUUAGGAGUAUUAGUUCCUCGACAGUCGUGUCCGCCGCGUCCGGGAGCUCAACUCAUGCAACCGUUAAGGCUGAUCGCAAGCCAUCAACAAUUCGUGUCGGUGCGCGUCCGCCAGCACGCCGUUAUUCGGUUUGUGGCGCCUUACCAAAUGUUACUGCCACCAGCAACUAUUUAACUACCACUGCCAAUACCAAAGGACCGGCGUGCACCUCACCGAAAAUCACAAUUGCCCAUCGCCGUUCGCCCGCCCAUGUCGUGGGCAGAGAGGUUUUCAAAUUACCCACACCUUUUCGUAGCAUUAUAUCCAGCGCAAACGCUACUGUCUCAACUGUUCUCACCAACACGACUAGCUCGAGAACAUCGCCGGCACUUAGCGUGAGCGCUAGUGAUCGCAGUCCGGCUGUGCGCGCGGUACCCUUCAAUAUGGGUUACAACAAAUUCGUACGCAAUGAUGACAAAACACCUGCAUGGGCGUCCUCCAGCAAUCCUAAGGUUUGUCGUGACUCUUCAAGCUCUUCACAUGUCAACACCAUUUCGUCAUGUUUUACGGCUUCUGGUCCCGUUGUUGGCGACAAGCGCUCGCUCGCAACGCCCGCGGAAUAUGGAAAGCGUAAUCGCUCUCUUACAGAGCAGCGAAAGGAUUCGGAAGCAGUCGACGGCGAUAUGGCGGAUAUGGGCAUCAUUGCCUCUGAUGACUUUGCCGUAUUGAAUAUUAAAAGUGAACCAGCUGAUGAGGAUUGAAGUUUUUCUUACAAAAAUAAAUGCUUGAUUUUGUCUUAAAAAUUUAUAAUCUCUUUCGAUUUAUUGUUGGUUUAUAUUACUAAUGCGAAUUAAAUUGUUUAUUACUACAGAAUUAUAAUAAAUUUGAAUU